CCUCCCUCCUCUCCCCCUCCAAACUACAGCUCCCAGCUCUGGUGGAGUUCACGUCUGCGCCCGCACUGCACCGCGUCUUCUGCCAGCACCGAAAAAGACCGACGUGCAACCCCUGCUUCCCCCAAAAAAGCCCACCUUCAACACGACACGCCUUUCCUCUAGGCUCUGCCUUGUUGGACCUCAGCCUGCACGUUGCUAUCGUCACCCUUACCUCGACAUCUUAGCGCGCCGACCUCUUCAUACUUUUUUUCUACCCUCCCUUCUUCUUCAAGGGACCAAGCUGCUGUGAAGCCUUGUCGCCCAUUUUUACCCACUCCAGGGGAGAAAAACUAUCAUCACUGUCCGCACGUACUUCAUCAUCGACUCCGAUCAUCACUACAAGCAACGAGAGAGAAAAAACCCACAUGCUAAUUUUAGCCAGCUGCUGCCGAGUCGUCUCUCGCGCCCGAGUGACGUCUCUGGAGCUCCAGGACCCGCGCUGCAACACCUCACUGCACCAGCCAGAUGGACCAGCCCACAGGAUCCUCGGAAGCAGAACGCGCGGUCUCCUCAGAGCCUAGCUCAACGAGACCGAAUCCUUUUACUGAAGGCGACGAUUCUUCUAGGAAACGACGCCGAACCUCAAUGUCUGGCGGCUCCCGGAGCCUCUCAGUCGAGACCACCAAGUCGGACAUCGGCAUUUCAAGCUCCCCCAACGCACACCACACCGACGACGCGAUCACGCAAGAUUCUGCCAUGAAGAUAGAUACUGGCCCUUCCACCCCGCAGACGCCAGAGCCGCAGUCGAAUGCACGAGAGCCCCCAACAGAACCUUCCUCGAGCCGGGUCACGAUAAACCUGCGCAACACCGCCCAGCCUGGCCCUCUGUCCCCGUCUCCCGUCUCCCCGACGCCGCAGACGUUGCCAGACCGGCCGACCAAGCCUUCGGAUGGUGUCAAGAAUAGCGUAGAAGACUUGGACGAAGUCGAUAUGGCGCAAGCUCCUAUCGAGAUCACAGAUACCCCGCCUUCUUCUUCAUCGAGCCCAAAGAGCCCCGAGGUAGAAGUUGUUGUCGUACCCGACGACCAGGAUGGCCCAUUCGACGACGACGAGGUCAGCAUCAUCCGUGAGGAUGCUGCAUCCUUCGACCCAACCUCCGAAUUUCCAUACCACGACGUCCACGAGUCGUUGUCGGAGACGGUUGCGAAGCUGAUCAACUAUCUGUCUUCUCAAGCGCCACCAGAGGAGGCUGUGCUGGACUCUUUGCGUUCUUGGACGAUACAGUACACCAAGUACGUCAGUAUCGUCGGGAUGAGGGUUGCACAUGAGUCUCAAAUGGCUUACCACACAUUCUGGCACAUGUUCCCAGAAGUGGCUUGGGUACUGUCCAACAAAAAACAACCGUUCUCGCCGGAAAGCCGGCAUAUUGUCGCCGACUUCUUCAUCGCCUACUCCAGAAUGGCUGCUUACUUCGUCGAAUCCGAUUUCUUGACCGCUCAAGCGUUCCAAGCAUCCCUUGACGACGAGCGUCGACAACCCGAGUUUCUUCUCUCUCGGUUCUUGCAACCACUGACGUCCUUCGCCAGAAGAGAACACAACCGGAUUCAGAAUGGCCAAUUGCACGACGAGGAGAUGCUUGGUACGGAGAUGGUCAACGCUUUCCAAGUGGGCAUUGGCAGCAUUAAAGGCUUGAUCAAACUCGCCCAGAUGCACUUGAGUAACGCUUCGAGGUACCAACAUCUGAUGGACGUACUUUCACCGAUAUGCAAUGUCGCGGCCCUCAUCAUUCAGAAGGCCAUUCAAAGUGUCCACCAUGAUGCUUCCCCUCAGAGCGUGGAAACAGCGAAAGUACGUUUGGCAGAUGGUCAUAUAUUAUACAACCUGGUCUCCGCUGCACUACACAAGACGAUCGAGAACAAGGUUACGCAACUCUCGAACGAAACGGCCCAGAGUCUGGUCACCUCCCUCUCGGAAAUCCUUAAAACCUCUUUAGGCGGUGACCACAGGCUGGCUACAGAACGGCUCAAAGCACAUCAUCAAGCACAUCCCGAUCUGCCCCAACGUUUUACGCCAGAGGCCAUCUCGUCGGAAUGGCGGUUGGGCGUGUUCGGAAAGCUGAUUACGUCAAGCCAGAUGCAACUGCGUGUCAUGGCAGCCUCCACGAUGUGCCAAGAUUUGGUCACUUGCUGGAAAAGGUACAAUGACAACGAGGACGAAGAUUGCAGGCUAUUUUUGAACUACGUGGCCGAAUACCUUCUCGGGACCAAGCUGGUCGACUACGUGUUGGGUCCGACUUGCCAUCCCGAAAUUACCGUCGAGAGUGGCAACAUCGUGGGCUUCUUGGUGGUCACACGCUUCUACCGCAGCGAGCAAACAGACUUGCUCUGGCAGACAAUCACGACUACCCAAGAUCCACGUGUGUCGGAAGCCUUGAUUCGCAUGACGACGGGCAUCGUCAAUCUGUUCUACAAAGAGGAACUGCUUUACUUGUGCGAAAAAUUACAAACCUUAGCGAUCGACAACUUCUCCCCACCCGUGAGAGGCCUUUGCGAGAGCAGUCUCAGAGCGCUUCAGACUAAGGUUCAGCUCGCAGGAGAGACUCAGAGCGUCUUGCCAUUGAGCAUCUGUAUCCGACUUCUGCGGGAGUCUUCGAUAUACGUCUCGGACUCGGUUGUUGCUCACCCCGACGUACAUCACUUCGCCUUGAACAAGCUAAGAGAGUUCAUGAGGGGUGGCAUUGAGCCCCAGGUCCGCGGAGAGAUCUAUCUUGACUGCAUCAAGGACAUAGCCUCAAAAACGCCCACGACGCUGGGGACCCUGUCGUGUCUGUCGGUGGCCUUGCGACCUGCCGUGGCCUCAGAGCUGCGCGUGUUGACAACGGAUCACAACCUGAGCUUGUUACUAGUGGAUGAGCUUGAGCAUGCGAUCGAUCAAGGGAAUCAAACCGGCAUCCGGAAGAUUCUUGGCGGAGAUGUCAACUACCCUCGCAGAGACCUCAUUGCCAACAUCCUAGCCUAUGAGCCGUCCACUAUCACAUCGGACCUCGGACCACGCUUGUGGGACAUGCUUGUUGGCCAUGGUGCCGCCUGUCAGGACGAUCGGGACGAUGGUUGGAAAAUCCUCAACGCUACCCCCAAGACGAUCCAUGGCAACCCCUUUCUUUCGGUCUGCUUCAGCGAGUACCUGCCCAGUCUUCCUCGUGACUGCCUCUGCGGAGGUGCUUUGGAGUUUGUUAGGAACGCGGUCCUACCUCGCGUGAACGAUAUCAACGACAUCAUCUUGGAUGACGGUGAAAGCCUUGCGCAAAGUGGAGUCGAACAACUCUGGCGCAUGAUUCUUGAUGCUGAAGAUGCUGCGAUGACAGACAAGGAUAUACCACUUGUGGAUGCCGCAAUCCAGACGCUUGUGGGCGACAUCUACGUCGAUAGUGAGUCAAUCUUGGCGUAUCCACACCACCGAGCUUGCCAGGUUCACUUGGGACUCGUUUCUCGCUGCUUGAAGCAAAUGGAAGACGCUGCAAAGCGGCUGGAGGCUUUUAACGACAGAUCCUGGAGCGGUGACGACGAGCCCAUGAUUAUUGUGGCAACCGAAACGCAAACGCUGGAACAGGAGCGUAUUUUUACGCGGUCGCUUGCAGUCCUCCGACAUUUUCUAAAGGCUCACCAGGCCAAGGCUCACUUUUCUGCCCCCGACCUCCGUGCUCUGACACCUGGCUCGCCAGGUAUAGCUGAAGGCGAGUCUGCUGAGCUUAAGUUCCAGUCUUUCGAUGGCAACACGCAGACGGACAUCAUGCCCCUCCAGGUUGGCAGACGAAACACUGCUGCCUCACUUUUGGCGAGCAUUCGUGAAGCAACUGGCUUCGACAACUACCGGAUCUACUACCGCGGCCAGCCCUUCGCCCCCAACGAGGUUGAUGUCUGCCGCUCUCUCGAAGAACUGAAGAUCCAUGAUGGCCUGUUUUUGGUCAAACGGGAGCACACUGGCACAGCCAUGGCAUCUAGGAUCAAGCCAGGCGCCUCCCUCUUGGAGAUUGAGAUUUUGGGACACUUUGAGCAACUGUGGAACUAUUUGAGUAUGCAAGAUAUCAUUGCCGCAGAAAUCCAUUCUUUUCUCAUUAAGUUACCCGCCGAUGUCCACAUGCUAGCUGCCUUCGACUCGCCAACAACCUCGUACCAGCAGAUCUUCCCUUCUGGGCAGCCCUUCAAGUCGCUGUACGCCCUGUACGCCAUGACGGAGUAUAUCGGCACAGCCGGACGUCGGCUGAAGGAGUCGGAGUCGACAAUCUCUGAUUCAGGUGACGCCAAGGUGGAGUCAUACCUCGAUGCGCUGGCUCGGGUGAGGGCCUUGGUUGUGGCGGCGAUCUCCGACCGCGAGGUUCUUGAGGGGUGUGCCUCGGAAGCCCUGAGAAACCGCCUGAGUUUCAACUUGAUGAACGUUUAUGGCCUGACUUUCAGAGAUCCUGGUCUCGACGGUAUCGACAUUCUGCCCGGCUUCUCAGCCAUAGCACCUGCAGAUCGCCUUGUUGAAAUCCUCUUGGCGGCGAUCUCGGUGCAAGAUCACACCAGCCUCAUUCCCCUUAUCGCAUCGACAUUUUCCGCAAUCCUUCGCAGCGCAUCUGUGGACAACGCUUUCUGGACUUCCUUGAAAGCCUUACCCAAUCUCGAGGAGUUGAUGGGGGUUUUGCUCCUGGAUGAACCUUCCGAGGCAAUCCGUGCAAACAUCGUCAAGCUCAUAGAGGAGAGGGUCAUCUCUCGCGAUCAGCCUGCUUUGGAUACCGUCUCAUUUUGUGACUUUCUUUGGCCGAUGUUGCAUCGGCUGAUCCCACGGGCGGCGAAGUCUCCGAAACAAUGCAAACAAGUCUUUGAGCUCUCUCUGACACUGCUGCGCGAAAUGGAUUUCGAAGACGCCGACGCUGUCGACAUCCCUACUUUGGCAAGCGAUUGCGGGAGACUUCUUCUCGAGCACGACUCAUCCGAACAACUGGGUCAUGUUGGGUCUGACGAUGCUGUGGCCGAGGGCUUACUGAAGCUCUUCCAAAGCUGCCAGAACGAAGGGUCCUAUGUGGAGAUGGAUCACAACCUCCCAGCUAACCUUGGGAAGAAGCUCUUCUGGAAGCAUCUGUUCCCCCCUCCAGGACAGCAUGGCUCGAGUUCAGGUCGAUCUUGUCUCCUGUCGACCAACACGAGAUCGACACUGUGCCAAAUCAUCUUCGACCUGGUCAGAGACCGAGACCGCGAGUUUCACGCUAUGCUUGAGGACCUCGAAAGCCUAGUGCCUUUUGAUGAGUUCGACAUUGACCCGUAUCUUUAUGAACUGCAGCCCCAGUUUGACCGAAUGUCAGCGGUAAGAGCUCCUUGUGGGUAUGCGGGACUUCGCAAUCUGUCCAACACCUGCUACCUGAACUCCCUGUUCACUCAGCUCUUCAUGAACACCGAUUUCCGCCACUUCAUGAUGAACGCCCGCGUUCCAAGCCAGUCAAAUACGCAUACGCUUCUCAGAGAAACCAGGAAACUGUUUGCGUUCAUGCAGGAAAGCUCCCGCAAGUUCAUCGACCCAAGCUUGCUUGCCGGUUCGAUCAAGACGUAUGAAGAGACCAUCAUUGAUGUUCACAACCAGAUGGAUGUGGAUGAAUUCUACAACCUCCUUUUCGAUCGCUGGGAAGGACAGCUCUCGACGGCAGAUGAUAGAAAAGCCCUGAGGUUCUUCUAUGGAGGUCAACUCGUGCAGCAAGUCGCUUCCAAAGAAUGCGAGCACAUCUCCGAGCGACUUGAGCCGUUCUCGGCCAUUCAGUGCGACAUCAAGGGAAAAAGCACGCUUCAGGAUAGUCUCCAGGCCUACGUCGACGGCGAAAUCAUGGAAGGAGACAACAAGUACAAGUGUUCGAGCUGCGACCGACACGUAGACGCCGUCAAAAGAGCCUGCCUGAAGGACAUCCCGGACAACCUGAUCUUCCAUCUCAAGCGGUUCGAUUUCAAUCUGCGAACUCUGAUGCGAAGCAAGAUCAACGACCACUUCUCCUUUCCCACAAAACUCGACAUGCGCCCAUACACCAUUGACCAUAUCGGGUCUCCUUCCGACUCUGGUGAAGAGGACAUCUUCGAGUUGGUUGGUGUUCUUGUUCACGCAGGCACGGCGGAGUCUGGCCACUACUACUCGUACAUACGGGAACGACCAACUGCAGCGUCCUCCGAGGCAUGGUUCGAGUUCAACGACGAUGUCGUCUCGCCGUGGGAUCCAGCGAAGAUGGAAGAGUCGACCUUUGGCGGCACGGAUGGAUCCUUGGAUGCCGGUAUCACUUACGACAAGACAUACAGCGCAUACAUGCUCUUCUACCAACGGUCUUCGGUCCUGCGAGCAGAGCAGGAGAAGCUGCAGAGUCUCUCGCUAAAAACUCCCUUGAAGGUCGAUGUUCCUGCCGAGGUUGCCGACCACAUCAACGGCGAGAAUGCCAUUCUGCUCCGACGGCAUUGUCUCUACGACCAAAGUCACUCGCAGUUCGUGCUCCGCAUGUAUCAGAACGCCAAGAUGCGCAACAACGGCAACUGUUCGAAGAUGCACAUCAUCGAGCAACGUGCGAUGUGCAUGCUUCUCGGCCACCUCGACCAGGUUGUCUCCAGGACCAAAGAUCUCCCCUUCUUCGAGCUCUUCCGAGACGAGAUCGAGCAUGCGAUCCGCGACUGCGCUAAGUGUGCCGUGGACUUCUUCGAUUACUUCCAAGAGAGGCACGAAGCGUUCCGGCAGCUCGUUCAGAGAAACCCUGACAGCGGCGUCAGGUACUCGGUUGGAAGCCUGUUCAUCACAGCCCUGCGGCAGAUCAAGAACUCCAAGCCUGAGGUCUGGGAUUUGUCCCAUGGAGACAUGGCCGAAGACCCUAUCAUGAUACAAGUUGUUCAGCUUUUUGACACACUUUGGAGCAACUUCCAUGCCAACAUACGGUCGUGGCCCGAAGUGUUCCAAACCAUUCUGGCCUUCGCACAGAUGGGUCCGUCGGAGACAGCUGUGCUUAUGUCGGAAGACUGGUUAUUCAGGGUCCUGCGCAUCAUCUUCGCUGACACCAACAUGGACCUCCCCAAUAACUACGCCCGGAUGUUGGCCAACAUCAUCCGCCGGAUCAACAACACGCGCUCGACCUCGUACGAAAUGAUCAUUCAACUCAUCGACCACUUCAUGGACUCUUUGGAGGAUGUCCUUGACGUUCACACCAUCGUGGAGAGCCACGAGAUGCAGUUGGAAAUUUACAUGGAACAUCAAGCGCCGAAAAUGUCCUGGACGCCCGACGAAGUGAAUGUAUUUGCCCACGAAUGGAGCAAAGGAACGGGCAGCACUUUUGUCAAGAAGUUGAUCGACCUCGAUCAGGAGCCAACCUACACGGCGUCAAUCAUCAAGCGGAUCAUGCACCUGAACCACGACAUGGACCACAGGGUGUUCCUGGCUAUUAAGAAUAUGAUUACAGGCCAAGUGGUUCAGUAUUCCAUGGCGCCUUACAUCAAAGCCGCUGUACUAUUCUCGGAGGAAAGCAGGAAUUCAAACUGCGUCCAGGCCCUGUUCCGGCACAUUGCCUUUCAGUGCAGAACUCUGCAGAACGCGGACGGCAAAGCCUUCCUCGAAUUUUUCACGCGCGCCUAUUUCAGCCUACAGAACGGAAGAGAGGAGGUCAGGGCCGCUCGGUAUCCCCUGUACAUGGAGCAAGUUCCCUCGUGGGCACCCUCGCUGUUAGGCUACUACAUCGCAGAGGUGCGGCAGGGAGCGGAGGAAUUCUUGACCGAGUGGUUUGCUAACCAGGAAGCGGUCGAAGACGGUAAUGAAAAGGCGGCCGCCGCCUUGAAUUCGGUGGUCCGGAGACUUGCUAUGAACUGCCUCAUAUAUCUUCGAGAGCACUUUGUGCAGAGACGCACCCAAGUGGCCAAGCAGUCCACGGAACCCUUGCUAUCCAUCAUCACCUUGUGCGAACCCUUCUUCACGGCCGGGGUGGGACUCAAUGGGAUGAGUCUCGUUCCUUACGAAGACUUCCAGGAGCUCUACCGCUCCGUCAUUGACCCGCUGCGACGCAUGACAGUGGAGGAGUUGGAGGAUGAGGGUUCCGACUGGGAGAACUCAUGCGGAUCCUCGGAGCAAUUGGAGAGCCUUGCAGAUAUCAGCAUGCAGGCGGUUGGCAAUUUGCCGGAGUCUGAUCUCCAGUGACGGAGAUCAACACGGUCCUUGAUGAAUUGAAUGACUACGGCAUUAGUUGAAGAUGUUUUUUCUGUUGUGCGACAUGGUCGAUAACAGCCAGACCACGCAAGGAGUCCGGGAGAUGAGACAAGGCUCUUUUGGGACAAGAUUCUGGAAUUGGUAGCACCAAGAAAGCGCCGUACAGAGCGGCGAAGGCUUCUUGCAUUUCAGUGGCGUGUUGGCGUUUAUGGACCCUGGGAUGGGUAAAAGUUUUCAUGGGUACGGGCGAGGACAGUGACAGCCCAGGGGGCAGGAUGUGAAGAUCCAUCUUCCGGCCAGCAUGCUUUCAACUGUCAAAAGACAUGGUGGAUGGGUUGCCACGGACAGGCUGAAGGCACCAAUCGUCGAGGAGUGGCAAGACCUUUUUUUGAGAUCUUGUCAAGGGUAUGUGAUGUGAGACCCAUCUAUCUCAUGGAACGAGCCAGUGGGCGAUGAGUAGUAAUGCUCACGGAGCAAGCAGGUCUAGUUGGUAGGACGAAAGUGCAAGAACUAUUUUUGGCACCUUUUCAGAGGGCAUCAAAAGAGCAGAACCCGAGUGGUGGUGAGCGUGAAUAAUUGAUGUGCAUGCAUGCAUGCCUUUGGCAGCUUGACUAGCUACCAGUGAGCAGCCACAUGCUAGACAAAGGAUUUC